AUGGUAAAUACAGAUUUUGAAAGAAUUUAUUUAAAUCAAUCCAGAAGUGGAGGACGUAUGCGUAUUGCAGAAUCUGGUCUUGGUUGGAAGGCUAAUGCCAGUCUGAAUGGUUCAUCAAGUCAACAACAACAACCAUUUCUUUUACCAAGAGAAGAAAUUUUAGUAGCAUCUUGGUCAAGAGGUUCUAGAGGUUAUGAAUUAAGAGUACAAACUAAGAAUAAAGGUGUUGUUAGCUUGGAUGGAUUUCAUCAGGAUGAUUUUACUAAAUUAAAACAAGAGUUGACACGUAACUUUCAAAUCAAUAUGGAACAUAAAGAACAUGCAUUAAGAGGUUGGAAUUGGGGUAAAACUGAUUUGGCCAGAAAUGAAUUGGUUUUCAAUGUUAAUAACAAACCAUCUUUUGAAAUUCCAUAUGAAAAUAUUAAUAAUUCUAAUUUAACAGGUAAAAAUGAAGUUUCUAUUGAAUUAAAUUUAGAUGCUAAUAGAUAUGGAGAUGAAAUUGUGGAAAUGAGAUUCUAUGUUCCUGGAACUAUUGAAAAUGAAACAGUUGUAAAGAGUGAAAAUAAUGGAGAAAUUGUUGAAGAAGAAGUUGUCAAUGAAACUAGUGCUGCUCAACAAUUUUAUGAACAAUUGAAAGAUAAAGCUGAUAUUGGUCAAGUUGCUGGUGAAGCUAUUGUUUCCUUCAGUGAUGUAUUAUUCUUGACUCCAAGAGGUCGUUAUGAUAUCGAUAUGUAUCCUACUUCAUUGAGAUUAAGAGGUAAAACAUAUGAUUAUAAAAUACAAUAUGAACAAAUUGAAAGAAUUUUCAGUUUGCCUAAACCGGAUGAUGACCAUCAUUUGUUGAUUUUACAAAUUGAUCCACCUUUAAGACAAGGUCAAACAAGAUACCCAUUUUUGGUUUUGCAAUUUGUCAGAGAUGAAGAAACUGAGUUGGAAUUGAAUGUAAGUGAGGAAGAUUUCGAAAAGAAGUAUAAGGAUAGAUUGAAGAAAACCUAUGAUGCCCCAACUCCUGUUGUUAUGGCCCAUUGUUUAAGAGGAUUAACUGAACGUAAAUUGAUUACUCCUGGAUCAUUCCAAUCGAGGUACUUACAAGCAGGUAUUUCAUGUUCUGUUAAAGCUUCAGAAGGUCAUUUGUACCCAUUGGACAGAUGUUUCUUAUUUGUCACCAAACCAACCCUUUAUAUCCCAUAUAGUGAAAUCAGCAGUAUUGUGAUGUCGAGAACUGGUGGUGGUGUUUCAGCAUCAAGAACGUUUGAUUUAGAAGUUAAUGUAAUUGGUUCAAACCAACUGCAUAUUUUUGGUAGUAUUGAUAGAGAAGAACAAGAAACCAUUGAAAACUUUUGUAAAGAAAAGGGAAUCAAAGUCAAGAAUGAAGAAAAAUUGGCUAAAGCUAGAUUGGCUAAGGCACUUGAACAAGAAGCCAAUGAUGAUGACGAUGAUGCCGAUGUUGAUAUGGGAAGUGCUGAUGAAGAUUCCGAAGAUGAUGGUGAUUUCCAAUCUGGAUCUGAUUCCGACGUUGCUGAAGAGUUUGAUAGUGAUGCUGCAUCGUCAAGUGGAGAUGAAGAUAUGAGUGACAAAGACGAAAGACCUCCAAAGAAGAAAGCUAAGAAUUAA